CUUCCCGGUUCCCACCCCUGUGCGCAACGCAACACAACACGACAAACGCCAUCUCGCCAAAUCUAGCUCAUUCCGAAAGAUCAAACGCCCCACCCAAAAAAGCUUUAAAAACACGAGAAAAUCUCUCUCUCUCUUCCUCUCUCUCUCACAGACCCGCUAAAGGAGACGAAGCGAGAGGGAGGGUAAGGGGCGGAAGGCUGCAAUCCCUAGCGCCGGGGCGAAGCAACAACAGGCGUCAGGCGGGCGCGCGCGCGCUCGCAUCCCCGAUUCCUUUCCCUUCACGCCGCGGCAACACCGCCGCAUUGCGCCCGGAUCCAUGGCAUUGCCGGCUUGGGGCUGCUAGGGUCUCGCGUGGGGGCGCUCGAUAGAUCUGCUCCGGACGCCGUGGCAUGGCGCUCUUCCGCAAGUUCUUCUACCGCAAGCCGCCCGACGGGCUCCUUGAGAUCACCGAGCGCGUCUACGUGUUUGAUUCUUGCUUCACAACUGAUGUCUUCGAUGAUGAUAAGUACCAAGACUACAUUGGCGAUAUUGUUGCGCAACUUCAGAGCCACUUUGCUGAUGCUUUGUUUAUGGCCUUCAACUUUCGGGACGGAGAAAGUCAAAGUUUACUGGCGAAUAUCUUAUCAAGCUAUGAUAUGAUAGUUAUGGACUACCCAAGACAAUACGAGGGAUGCCCAAUACUUACAAUAGAAAUGGUUCACCAUUUCUUAAGGUCAGGGGAGAGUUGGCUCUCUUUGGGCCAGCAAAAUGUCUUGCUAAUGCAUUGUGAGCAUGGUGGCUGGCCUGUACUUGCAUUCAUGUUAUCAGGACUGCUAUUGUAUAGAAAGCCGUUCAUUGGUGAGCAGAGGACAUUGGAGAUGAUUUACAGGCAAGCUCCUCGUGAGCUGGUUCAGUUGCUCUCACCGCUAAAUCCUAUGCCUUCUCAGAUAAGAUACUUGCAUUAUAUAUCUCGGAGGAACGUGAGCUCAGUGUGGCCGCCGCAGGAUCGAGCACUUACUUUAGACUGUGUGAUACUAAGAAACAUUCCAGCCAUUCUUGCGGAGGGUGGAUGUAGACCAAUAUUCCGUAUUUAUGGACAGGAUCCUCUACUUGCUACAAGUAACACCCCUAAGGUGCUCUUUUCAACACCAAAAAGGAGCAAAUACGUUCCGCUUUACAAGAAGGCAGACUGUGAAUUGAUUAAGAUUGAUAUCCACUGCCAUAUUCAAGGUGAUGUUGUCCUUGAAUGCAUUAGCCUUGAUGCUGAUCAUGAACGAGAAGCAAUUAUGUUCCGAGUCAUGUUCAAUACAGCCUUCAUCCGAUCUAACAUUCUGAUGUUAAAUCGUGAUGAAAUUGACACAUUGUGGGACGCCAAAGAUCGAUUUUCAAAAGAAUUCAGGGCUGAGGUUCUUCUUUCGGAAAUGGACACUGCGAAUCAGUUAGAUCCCAUGGAGGUGGCAAGUAUAGGAGAAAAGGAGGGCUUGCCAGUUGAAGCAUUUGCAAAGGUUCAAGAGAUGUUCAGCCAUGUGGACUGGCUAGAUCCGACUGGGGAUGUUGCAGUCCAGCUUUUCCAGCGACUUACUUCAUCAGAAAACAUACAGCUGAAGCAAGGAUUCUUGUCUCCAACUAAGAAAGAAGCAGAGUCAUUAGAGUUUGGUUCUAUCUCUCCAACCAACAAUCAAUCUGACAAUGUUCAACAAAAAUCAAACAACACUGAACACUCCACAGUCAAUGCGAACAAACAGGAAAAUGUUGGUGGACAGAGAUUGACCCUGUUGGAGCCGGCCACUAAUUCUCAAGCCAAAACUGAAAUUUCUGUUGUCCAAGAAAAGCUAGGCUCUCUAGUUCAUAAUGUUGACAUCAAUACUGAACAGCCAACUUCACCGGAAAAGGCUGUUUCCUCUGCUAUGAACUCUAUCGAACCAGUUCUGAAGAAUCAAAAUGCUAAGCUUGAUGUGCAAUUUGAUUCAGGACAGCGCUCUUCACCCACUAUGAUUGUGUCACAACGAUUUCCAAUUUCUAGUUCAUGUUCUGCUCUUUCUGGCAACUCUAGUCCAAAAUCACUUUCAGCUUGCCCAAGAUUUCAUAGCGCACCUUCAGCCCUUGGAAAUACAGCUCUUUUAGAAGACCAUGCUGCAUUUGUAGGCUCUGAAAAUUGUGCUUCAACCAUAACCUCACCCACAGUAUCAAAUCUUUCAACUGGCGUGGUCAAAAUGACAUCAAAGCUACCAUCAGGACAACAUCCAACAACAGGUACUCCUGUUGUAACAAAGGGUACACCACCACCACCUCCUCCACCACCAUCAACACCAGCUUUGCUGGUGCCAUCGGGUGCCACUAUGAUGUCUGAGGCAAAAAACUGGUCUCAACCUGCUCUUAAGCAUUCAGGACUUCCAUCUCCUCUGCAGAAACAAUACAUAUUUCAAUCACAUGGAACUAGUACACAACCCACAGAUCAUCAGCAAUCCUCAAUUAACAUUGCAAUAGAAUCGUUACCAACUUCUGCCGCUCCACCUCCACCUCCACCUCCAAUGACCAUCCCAUCAUCAACUUCCACUUCUGCUAGUAUUUAUCAUCUGCCUCCAGAUUCCGUGCCUGUCACUCCAACUUCACUGAGGCCUCCAGCACCAGCUGCACCACCACCGCCGUCACCCCCACCUCCACCCUCUCCUAGUCCUUCAUCUGUUAGGUCUCAUGCGCCGCCGCCGCCUCCACCUCCACCUCCACCUCCUGCUCCUACUUCAUCUCCUGUUAGAUUGUCUGGGCCACCUCCACCUAGGUGUUCUCCCAGUAAACCUCCUGCAUCCCCAUCACCCCCACCACUUGCUUCUACAUCAUCUCCCGUUAGACCUGCUGCACCACCUCCGCCUCCAUUUGCUUCUACUUCAUCUCCUGUUCGACCUGCUGCACAACCUCCACCAACUGUACCGUCUUCAUCUCCCAUUAGAUCUUCAGCCCCACCUCCACCUCCACCACCUGGAAGUACUGCCACUCCACCUCCUCCCCCACCACCCUGCUAUUCAUCAAAAAAAUCAUCUAGCCCCACGGGCAAAUCGACGCCAUUACCUCUUGCUCCACCACCACCCCAUGCUCCAAGCCUCUCAAAGGAUGCCAACUCUAAUGGAGGUGGAUGCCAAGGAGCUUCUGGCAACAUUGUACCCCCGCCAGCACCUCCUGGUGGUAAUGCUAAAUUGUUUGGUUCUAAGGGGCGUGGACCUGCACCUCCUUCAGGUCCAAUGUCAAAGGGCCUUCAAUCUGGCCAGAUUGCGUCCAGAAGAUCCAAUUUGAAGCCACUGCAUUGGGUGAAAGUAACAAGAGCAAUGCAUGGUAGUCUGUGGGCCGAUUCACAAAAAGCUGACGAAACUUUAAAAGCCCCAGUGUUCGACAUGUCAGAACUAGAAAAUCUUUUCUCAGCUGUACUGCCAAGUUCAGAUGCUAGGUGUUCAGAUAAGUCAGGGAGUCGUGCUUCUGGACCGAAGUCAGAGAAAAUUCAUCUCAUUGAUCUUCGCCGGGCUAACAAUUGUGGAAUCAUGCUUACGAAAGUCAAAAUGCCCCUGCCUGACUUGAUGAGUGCAAUUCUUGCUCUGGAUGAUACUGUUCUGGAUGCUGACCAAGUGGACAACCUUAUUAAGUUCACUCCAACUAAAGAGGAAAUUGAACUUCUAAAGGGUUACAAAGGAGAUAAGCAAUUACUUGGAGAAUGCGAGAAGUUCUUCAUGGAGCUUAUGAAAGUACCACGUGUAGAUUCUAAGCUAAGAGUAUUCUUAUUUAAGAUUCAAUUCCGUUCUCAGGUUUCUGACCUUAAGCAGAACCUGAGCAUUGUUAAUUCUUCUGCAGAAGAGAUAAGGGGUUCGGUCAAGUUGAAAAGGAUUAUGCAGACAAUUCUUUCUCUGGGAAAUGCAUUGAACCAAGGCACUGCCAGAGGUUCUGCUGUUGGGUUCAGGUUGGAUAGCUUGCUCAAACUAAGCGACACCCGCGCACGUAAUAACAAGACGACUUUAAUGCAUUAUUUAUCCAAGGUGCUUUCUGAGAAACUUCCCGAACUUCUUGAUUUUCCUAAAGACCUGGUUAGCUUAGAGUUGGCGGCAAAGACAACUGAUUUGAUGCAGAUACAAUUGAAGUCUUUAGCAGAGGAAAUGCAGGCCAUAAACAAAGGACUUGAGAAAGUUGAGCAAGAACUUACUACAUCUGAAAAUGAUGGUCCUGUGUCAGAGAUCUUUCGCAAGACACUAAAGGAUUUUCUCAUUGGUGCUGAAGCUGAAGUUAGGGCUUUGACUUCACUUUAUUCUAAUGUGGGCCGGAAUGUAGAUGUAUUGGCACUUUAUUUUGGAGAAGACCCAGAACGAUGUCCAUUUGAGCAAGUGGUCACAACACUCCAGAACUUUGUGAGAUUGUUCAUGCGUUCCCAUGAAGAGAAUUGUAAACAACUGAAUCUUGAAAAGAAGAAAGCUCAGAAGGAAGCAGAAGAGAAUUGUAAACAACUGGAUCUUGAAAAGAAGAAAGCUCAGAAGGAAGCCGAAGAGAGUUGUAGACAACUGGAUCUUGAAAAGAAGAAUGCUCAGAAGGAAGCAGAAAAGAAAUGUAAACAGCUGGAUCUUGAAAAGAAGAAAGCUCAGAAGGAAGCAGAAGAGAAGUGUAAACAACUGGAUCUCGAAAAGAACGUUCAAAAGGAGGUAGAAAUGGAGAAGAAGGAAUUAGAAAAUGAAAAAACUUCAAAGAAAGAAUCAGAAAAUGACAAAGCUUCUAAGAAGGAAUCAGCAAAUGAGAAAGCUAAGCUUAGCAAUUCAAUCAAAGAGCUAGAUAUAUCAUUUCAAUCACCAGCACAAACUGCCAGUGCCAAAUGAUGACCUUUCCAGAUGAACUAACGAAAACAGUAGCUUUUCCAAUAAAGGGGGAAAACUAGCUCUGCCUGCCCCCAAACUCUUGUCAGAAUUAUUCUGGAUAUGUUGCGCAGGGUAUCAUGUAUCUUGCAUUGAAGUAAAACUAGAGGCAACAAUGAAGCUACAAAGUGCACUGUUAAAUUUCUAGGGGAUUGUCGAAGAAAUGACCCUGGCAACAAGAUGUACAGAUCUAACAUAAUAAAUUAUCUUUUGGGUAAUAUAUUAUCCUUACAAUUUUGCUUAUCUUCUUAAUUACAUGUAGGUAAUGUUUGGUCUAAUGUAAAAAUAAAAUUACCAAUAGAAUGAUUGGUGAUGUAUGUUUAGGUAGUUAGGCGUUUUGUAGCUUUUGUUGUAAAAAUAAAAUUACCAAUAGAAUUUUGUA